AUGUCUAUUCAAUCAGCAACUGAGAGUCGUGUUGUAUCAAUAACUCGCCCAUCAAGUAUCAAACUACCUCCAAUGUCUGCAGUCAACUAUCCAAUUUAUAACCAUCAAUCUGAUGGAAAUUCGGGAUUUUUACGAGCAGCACGAGCAGGAAAUCUUGAGAAGGUUUUGGAAUACCUUCGCUCAUCCAUUGAUAUAAAUACAAGCAAUGCUAAUGGACUCAAUGCAUUACAUUUGGCAUCAAAGGAGGGUCAUGUAAAUAUUGUUCAAGAACUUCUUUCUCGUGGUGCAAAUGUCAAUGCAGCAACGAAGAAAGGAAAUACUGCUCUUCAUAUUGCAUCAUUAGCUGGACAGGAAGAAGUUGUCAAACUUUUAGUUCAAUACAAUGCUAAUAUUAAUUGUCAAUCACAAAAUGGUUUUUCUCCUUUGUAUAUGGCUGCGCAAGAAAAUCAUAUUGAAGUGGUGAAAUUUCUGCUCGCUAAUGGCGCUAAUCAAAGUUUAGCUACUGAGGAUGGUUUCACACCUUUGGCUGUUAGUCUUCAACAAGGUCAUGAAAAAGUAGUAGCCAUUCUAUUAGAAAAUGAUUCGAAAGGUUCAAAAGUACGUCUACCAGCAUUACAUAUUGCUGCGAAGAAGAAUGAUACAAAAGCUGCUGCCUUACUUCUACAAGGCGAAAGUCAACCUGAUCUUAACUAUAAGGAAGGAGGAUUUGUUAAUUGUACAACAAAGUCUGGAUUUACUCCACUGCAUAUUGCAGCUCAUUAUGGAAACUUAGAAGUGGCACAAUUAUUGAUUGCUCGCGGUGCUGAUGUCAAUUAUGCAGCUAGCCAAAAUAUAACACCGUUACACGUAGCAUCAAAAUGGGGUAAAGAUAAUAUUGUUAAAUUACUACUUGAAAAAAGCGCACAAAUUGAUGCGAAAACAAAAGAUGGCCUUACACCACUUCAUUGUGCUGCUCGGUCAGGUCACGAUCAAGUAGUUGAUCUUCUGCUUGAAAGUGGUGCUCCAUUUGGUGCAAAAACUAAAAAUGGUCUCUCAGCACUUCAUAUGGCUGCUCAAGGCGAUCAUGUUGAUGCAGCACGAAUUUUACUCUAUUAUAAAUCAACAUUAGUAGAUGACGUUAGCUCGGAUUACCUUUCUGCUUUACACGUUGCAUCUCAUUGUGGAAAUUUCAAUGUUGCUAAACUUCUAUGCGAACGUCGCGCUGAUGUCAAUGCUAAAGCAUUAAAUGGAUUUUCAUGUUUACAUAUUGCGUGUAAAAAGAACCGUUUAAAACUAGUCGAAUUAUUAAUCGCCAAUGACGCCGAUGUCGAAGCUCGAACAGAAUCAGGUUUAACUAGUUUACAUGUUGCAUCGUUUGUUGGUAGCCAUGAAAUUGUCAUCUAUUUACUUCAACACGGCGCUAAUAUCGAUUCAAAUACGGUACGCGGCGAAACACCAUUACAUUUAGCUGCACGUAACAAUCAAAUUGAUAUUGUUCAAACAUUACUAAAUUAUGGUGCAACAGUUGAUGCGAAAGCUAAAGAAGCACAAACCUGUUUACAUUUAGCAACACGUUUGGGAAAUAUUGAAAUAGUUAGUUUAUUAUUAAAAGCAAAUGCAUUCGUUGAUAGUGAAACCAAAGAUGGCUAUUCAAGUUUACAUAUUGCUGCUAAAGAAGGACACGAAGAAAUAGCUAGUUUAUUAAUUGAUCAUGGAGCUAAUUUAAAUCUAUUUACUAAGAGAAAUUUCUCGGCAUUACACAUCUGUAGUAAAUACGGUAAUAUUAAAGUUGCUAAUCUACUCUUACAAAAAGGAGCUUCACCGGAUAUUCAAGGCAAAAAUGACUUAACACCGUUACAUUGUGCUGUUCAUUAUAAUCAUAGCAAUAUCGCACUUCUUUUAUUGCAACAUGGUGCUAGUCCGCAUGUAACAGCACGUAACGGUUAUACACCAUUGCAUAUAGCUGCUAAGAAGAAUGUUCUUGACAUUGCUGAAAUGUUACUAGAAUACAAUGCUAAUACAAAUGCUCAAUCAACGGGUGGGUUUACGCCAUUACAUCUGAGCUGCCAAGAUGGUCAUUCUGACAUGACUUAUCUACUUUUGGCUAAUCAUGCUGAUCCUAAUAUAGCAUCGAAAUGUCAUUUAACGCCAUUACAUUUAUGUGCACAAGAGGAUCGCGUCAAAUGCGCAGAAGCAUUAGUUAGCAAACAGGCUGAUAUUAAUGCACAGACACUUAGCGGCUAUACGAGUUUACAUGUUGCUUGUCAUUUUGGUCAAAUAAAUAUGGUUCGAUAUUUACUUAAACUUGGUGCCAAUGUUAAUAUUGAAACGAAUCUUAUGUUUACACCACUUCAUUCGGCUGCUCAACAAGGUCAUGUUAUGAUUGUUAAACUAUUACUGGAAAAUGGUGCAUCGCCUAAUAAAACAAAUAAACAUGGAAUGACAGCUUUAUCAAUUGCACAACGUCUUGGUUAUAUAUCAGUCGUUGAAGAACUUAAAGUUGUUACUGAAACAACAAUUGCUAGUAAACACGAAUUGAUAACUGAAGAACGUUAUAAGAUUCAAGCGCCUGAAGUUUCACACGAAGAACAUCCAUUAACUGAUUCUGAAGACGAAACAGCUCAUUCAGCUGAAGAUAACAUUGCAGUAAUUUAUCCUGAAAUCGGAUAUCUCGAAUUGGCAAAACCUAUUAACAACCUUAAAAUACGUGAUAAAACGAAUAUGCUUGGCGAUGCUAGUUCUAAUGUUCAUAUGCAAUAUUUACGCGAAGGUGUGUUAAUGACGGAAGCAGAAGAAAAUAAACUCAAUCAAACAUCGUUUAUUAAAGAAGAGACUGAAUAUCCAAUGUUAGCAGCAAAAGAUCAUUGGACAGAAAGUCGAGAUAAUUUACAUGAUCAACCAACACCAAUAGUAGCCCCACAAACGUUUGUUGCUGAUAAUGAAACAAUUACCAAACCACGUCACGGAGGAUUUUUGGUGAGCUUUUUGGUUGAUGCUCGCGGUGGUGCCAUGCGUGGUUGUCGACAUUCGGGUGUACGAGUUAUAAUUCCAUCGAAACGUGCUAGUAUGCCAACAAGAAUCACAUGUCGAUUUGUUAAGCGUGAAAAAUUAACAAUACCACCACCGUUAAAUGAAGGCGAAGCAUUGGCAGCACGUGUGUUGGAAGUUGGGCCUGUUGCUUGUAAAUUUCUUGGACCUGUUAUUCUUGAAAUACCACAUUUUGCUUCAUUACGUCACCGUGAACGUGAAAUUGUCGUUUUACGAAGUGAUAAUGGUGAAAAAUGGACUGAACAUACAGGUCCAACAACAGACGAAGCCGUACGUGAAGUACUUGGCGAUGUUGUUGAUUCUGAGGAUUUAGAUAAUGCUGAAGAACUUCAAUCGCGUCGUAUAACACGUAUAGUAACAAACGAUUUUCCUCGUUUUUUUGCUUUAAUCACACGACUUCGUCAAGAAGCAAGUCUUAUCGAUGAGCAAGGCGGCUUGUUAACAUCGACAAUAAUGCCAACUAUUCAAGCACAUAUACCUGAAAAGGCCUUACAAAAACGUAUUCGUAUAUCACUUCAUGUUUUACCAAUAUCACCGCAACUAGUUCAACGUUCGUUUGGUUCGCGUGUUCAUGUAAGUCCUGUUAUCACUGUUGAGCCACGCCGUCGUAAAUUUCAUAAACCAAUAACAUUAACAAUUCCAUUACCAAACAAAACGUCAUCGUCAAGAAAACACUCUCAACAACAACAACACAGCAAUGCAUAUACAAGUGAUUCUCAAACGUUACGUUUAUUAUGCAGUAUCACUGGCGGUACGCAUGCUGCUCAAUUCGAUGAUAUUACAGGACACACACCAUUAACAUUUUCCAAAGAUACUGCAACAUUUACAACAACGGUUUCAGCUCGCUUUUGGUUAAUCGAUGCUCAAGGCGUACCAGAUGUAUUGAAAUUAGCCCAUGAAAUCUAUCGUGAAGCUAUAUUAGUUCCAUAUAUGUCACGAUUUAUUGUAUUUGCUAAACGACAUGAUCAAAAUGAAGCACUUGUUCGAUUGUUUUGCAUCACUGACGAUAAAGAAAAUAAAACACUUGAAAUGCAAGAACAUUUUACUGAAAUAGCUAAAUCAAAAGAAGUUGAAGUUGUUAAUGGAAAUUCAAUUUAUAUCGAUUUACAAUCAAAUAAUCUACAAACAAUUAUAAAAACAAAUGAACAAUUAACAUUAUUAUUUCGUGCCUUCAAAGAAAACCGUUUACCAUGUGUUGUUCGUAUACGCGAUCAAGAACAAGAUCCAUCGGGUCGCUUAAUUUUCUCGAAAGAUAAUGGAAAAUUAACUUCAAUACAGCGAACAACGUCACUUACAAUGACCAACGGACAGCCAUCAUCAUUAUCAUCAACAACCGUCGUCGAUCCACAGGCAUUACAAGCAAUUUGUAAUUUAAAUAUUGUUAUACCAGCUUACGACAAAGAUUUGCUUGAGAAUGAAGAACGUCUUCGAGCAUUGCAUUCUGUUGAUCGCGAUCAUAAUUCUGAAAACUGGAAAUCUGAUGAUAUGUAUCGAAAAGGUGAAAUACGUUUAACUGAUAUUGCACGAUUACUUGGAAGCGAUUGGCCAGCACUUGCAGCUGAACUUGAAUUAAGUGAAGAUGAAGUUACGAAGAUAAUGGAUGACUUUGGAGAAAAUGCUUCAUUACAAAUGUUGCGCUAUUGGCUUAAAUCACGUGGAAGCGAUGCAACAGGAAAUUGCCUUCAACAAGCUCUACGUAAAAUUGGAAAAGAAAAUAUUGUUCAUAAUUGUGUAUUCAAUAUCGAAUGGGUCACUGAUGCUGCCGAGAAAGAACUAGCUAGAGCUCGUCUUAAUAGUCGAGGUGGUAGCGUUGAUGGAGCGGCAAUUAGUGGACGACGUUUGGAUGAAGGCUUUGAAAGUGAUGAUGAAUUUGAACGUCGUCGACAUGGAAAAUCUAAUUUACUAAAUGAUGAAACUAAUCGUAUACCAACAACAACAAUUAUAAAAACGAUAACAUUAGAAGAAAUAGCUGAAGAUGAAUUAGGAGGAAAGAAAGCAAAAACGGACGCGAAUGUGUCACAAUUUAAACAGUUGGAACCACGUAAAAUGGUUAAACGUGAUUGUUCAAAAGAUUGCAUUCCUUCAUCAUCAUCAACAUCAAGUGCAGAUACAAUCGUUACUGUUGCCAUGAGAGAAAACUUAGGUGAACGUGAUGGUCCUUUACAUUUUGUUGAUUCAAGUAAAGCACCUACACCAGCAUCACGCUAUGGGGGCUAUUAUUCCAUAUAUAAUACACAGGAUUACUCAGGUUCAAUAACGCCAUUAAGCUAUCAAGCUCAUCCAUUUGAAAUGAUGCAUCUUGAAAGCUUGAGAGAAAAACUAAAUAGAUUAUCAUACGAUAAAGCUGAUCUUGAUGAUCCAUAUAGUGUUUUACAGAAACAACGAAUCACAGAUAUGGAUGAAGGACGAAUGACGCCAAAAGCUAGUUUGGAAUUUCAAUCGAAAAGAUCUUCAUCAAAAUUAGGUGAUUUUGGUAUUGUUAAUAUUGUACAAGAAGCAACACCAAUUGCAUCAGACCUUGAAUAUAUUCAAUCAGAUCUAAAUGAUCAAACACCGGCAGUAGAACAAUUGGCUGAACAAACAGCUCACGCGUUCGAUGAUAUACCACCUAUACGUGCUAAUCAAACACCUGUAACAGAUCGUUUAAUAAAAUCGAGUUUAAUACCUGAACCAGCACGUGCAUUAGCCCAUGCACUGAAACAUGCCGUUGUUAGGCCGCUAAAGAGAACGAUGAUAAAAAAGAAAUCUCUCGAUGGAAAUCUAACCGAACAACAAACAAACAAUGCGCAUCAACCUACUGUUUAUUUAUUUUCUAAUCCAUCAGCUAUUCUCGUUGAAAAUACUGAUCAACAAUUAUUAAAUGAAAUAUCUAUCGAUUCAUCAUUUGAAUCAGCAAGUCCAAUUCCAUUAGCAGUGUCACCUGCUAAACCGCCACGUUUAGCUGGCGAUGAAUCAGGUUCAUCAUCGUCUGUGGAUAUUAGUUCACCACCACCUGUGAAACCACCGAGACAUUUUUCACUUUAUAAAAAUGAUAGUAAUCAAAAUUUACUACAAGAAGCAAAUGAUGCUGUAAGAAAAGUUCUAUCUCUUUUUGAUACAUUCAAUGAGUUACAUCAAAACGAUGAUGAUAUUAUCGCGUUAAGACGAGCAUCAACAACGAGUCAAACAGCUAAUCGUCAAAUUUCGGAUAGUCUAAAACAUGCCGAAUCGUUUUCCGUUCAACCGAUUUCCAUUGCAAUCAAAACUGAUAUUCCAUUAUCAAUAAAAUCACUUGAAAAUCAUACAGAAAAACCGAUGGCAAUCACAUCUUUUUCGUCUUCUACGGGUCAAACUAAUGGAAGUAGUUUAGAGCAGUCGUCCGAUGAAAACAUUCCAAUUGAAAUCACUCAAUUGGCUAAUGAUUUAGCAGAAAAUAUUUUGGCAACAAUUCAACAACAAGCUGCUGAAUCGACUAAAACUAUGAAUGACGAAAAAGUUUUAUUUGAUAAACUUACACAACUAGAAACAUCAUGUGACAGUACAUCAACACUCUCUCAUUCUUUAAUUACAUCUCAUAUAUUACCCACUCAGACUACUACAUGCCCACUUGUGUCUGUUUCAUCGACUGCUGCUUCUAACACAACUAAAAAAGUCUCACCAUUGAUUGAUAUUGUUACAAGAACAGCAACGCCAACAUUCACAACAUCAGUAACCAUCACAAGUUCAUCGAAGCAUACUCUCGCAUCAGUAAAAACAACCCAUAGUACCGAUGAUGAAUUUGAUAAUACCUUAGCGUCAAUUUCUAAUAGUAAUCAGACUUCUAAUACUUCAAAUCUAUUACAAACUAAUAGUAAACAAGACAGUUUUGACUCAAAUGAUCUAGCCACAUAUGAUAAUACCAUAUUUCUAUCACAAAAUACUGGCAACGUAACUCCGACUCGUUCAUUGAUAUCCGAUUAUGACAAUUUACAUGGCUCAUACGGAAGUUUAAAUGAUGACAAUCAAGAAAUGUCAGUAUUACCAUUCACUCUUCCUGCACUUCCCUCAUCAUUGGAAACAACAUCAUCGAUAGCAUCAUCCUCAAUGACAACAAUCUAUGAAAGUUUUGAUAAUUUUCCUUCAAUGUCAUCAUCCGCCACAAGUCCAACAUAUGUAUCAGCAGCUAGUACAUUUAAUACCGGUGGUACAACAACACCACGAUGUUUAGAUACAGACGAUAGCGAUGAAGAACUUGCUGAACCAUAUAAUAUUGAGAACUCAAAUGAAGCUUCGACGCCUGUAAUCGAAAUAAUUGAAGAUAAUAGCGAACCGAUUGAUGAAUGCGAUAUGACAUUUCUGACAGAAGUUCUUGCUCAAUACAAUCAGAAUCUUCAUCAUCAAGAUAAUUUCGAAACAACAAAUAUUCAAUCAAUCGAUGAUAAACAAGCUACUCUUACCAGCAAAGUAGAAGAAUUACCAUUAUCAUCAUUAUCAUCACGAUCAGAACCAUUAUCAUUAUUAAUCUCUGUUUCUUCUAAUUCUGCUUCUUCAAGUUUUUCUUCUUUUCCUUCUUUUCAUAUCGCUACUCUAGCAUCAUCUAAAUUUUCACCGGAUAUGCCACAUAAAACUUCAAAUGUAAAAUUUCAAAGUUUUAACGCUAUUUCAUCAACAAUGACAAAUCGGAAUGACGGUAAUAGUACGUUGAAUCAUAAUCAAGAAGAAAAAAAAGAUUCCGAUAUUGAUUUACAAUCACAAAAUCGUCAUCGUCGUUUACCGUUACCAAAAAAGCUAUCAUUUGAACAAAAUAUAACAAAUCUUCUUGAAACAGAAUCUCCUCUAUUACAUUCCGAACUAUUAACUACUGAACAUGAACUAUCCGUAUUUCGUUCGCGUUUAGCUGUAAACGAAGGUGUCACAGCUAUAACUGGCACUAUACUCGAAUCGCUGAAAGAUCAAUUUGGUUCGAAUCAUAAAAUCGAUGAUGCGACAUCAUCUGUUGAUAGACAUAAGCCAGACAUUCUUCAACGAUCGUCGUCAAUGCAAACAUCGCCCACUAACGAACGAUUGCCAGACUCAAUUGAAUUACAUUAUGACGCUGUGUCACCUAGAAGUCCAUAUAUACUCGUUAAAGCAAAAAAUUCCUAUUGGGUGGCACAACCAAUCAAUAAUUCUGAAGUAGAAAAACAUUUGAAAACAUUUUCUUCUCCCAUUAUGAAACGCGCUAGUAUUAAAUUACCAGAUACAUUUUAUAUAGAUGAUGAUAAUGAUAAUAAUUCUGAUGACGAAGAAAUUUCUACUAAAAGAUUAAAUGACGCAGCACGUUUAUCGCUCACUCAAAAACCAUUAACAAAUAUUGACGAAGAUAAUAAAAGUAAGGAUUCAAUAUCCGAAGAAAAUGAAAGUUUAACAAUAGAUCCACAUGAACAAUUAGCGGAAAUGAAAAAAAUUCGCACAUCUUUACUAUUGAGAAAUAAAGAUCAAUUUGACAAUUUCGAUGAUAAAAUUGAUGAGAUCUAUUUAAUUAUUGAUUAUUUAAAACAUAAUAAAUUAACAUCGACAAUUCUAAAUAAUCUUCGACUAAAAUUUAAUGAAUUAAAAUUGCUUAUUCGUAAUAUUCAUGCAAGUAAACAAGACGACUUACGUAUUGAAUAUGAAUUAGAUAAAUUAGAAAAUGCUUUUAAGAAAACAUCGAAUCAUGAUGAUUAUCAUUUUAUUGAAUUAUUUGAACAAAAUCUUCGCGGACUACAAUAUAUUAUUCAGCAAAUACGAAUUGCUAGACCUUCGCCAUCGGAGAGUAUCGUCGAACAUUUUGAAUCAAUAAAAAAUGAUUCAAACAAACAAAUUAUUAGAUCGAAACCAACAUACACUCGUCUUAUUCCUGAAAGUCCCGUUGUAACAAGUGAUAUAUUUUUUGAAGGUAACAAAGUGUCAAAAGAAAAAAAGUCUCCUACAUCAAUUCAAACUCGUUUGAUACCAGAAGAUGCUCGAGUAAGCGCUGAAAGUUUCUAUGAAGGUGAUAUACAUCGAUCGUUAUAUCAAACUACUGAACAGGAUAAACAAAUGGAUAAUUUUAGUAAAAAAAAACCGCUUAUACCGGAAAAUGCACAGAUUUCAAGUGCUAACUUCUAUGAAGGUGACGCACAACGGUCGAUGUUUAUUGAACGUUCAUCAACAAGUCACAAUGAAUCACUAUCGCAACCCGUUACUAUUGAAAAUCUUCGAGCAAUUAUGAGCGAUUUAAUGCUUGUUGCAUCAUGGUCAAAAAAACCAGCAAAAUUAAAAACUCAACAAACGAAAGAUGAUGUCGAAGUUCAUGCCGAAUCAUUUAUAACAACUGAACAGCGACAUCCGAUUUUACCCUACUGUGAAAUCACACAUGACAUCGAAAAUUUUACAUUGCGACAUCCAUCAAUCCUAAUUGACGAGCAAGACGCAGUAUCACCGGAAAAUAUUGAAUUUCCACAAGAACAAAUUAUUAAAUCUUCUCAAAUGACUCAACAGGAAGCAAAGGUUAACGAUGUAACUUUCAUUGACAAUCAACCGCAACAAAUGCCAACCGAAACUGAAUCUCAAGUGAUAUCAUCUCCACAAUCCCAGCAAGACGACGAUGAAUAUGAACAUCAAUUCGCUGCUGAACCAAAUAAUUCUUCUAGUCAGAUGGAAUCAAAUAUAUUCGCAUCGCCAUCAUUGAGUCCUGAACAAGUCGAGCAUGGUUCGUUAAGUUUUGAACAAGAUAUCAAUGAUGAAAAUUUUCAUGAUUAUCCAUCGUAUCCAUACUACAAUCAUGCUUAUAUUAUACCAUGUGAAGAUUCAUCAGCAAUAACUCAUAUAAAAUGUUCGAGUAUUAUUUCUAAAACAAUAUCAUCUUAUAUGGAUGAUGAUUUUGACGAAGAAUAUAUUGAAGAAAGUCCAUUUCGUCCAACACAUCUUGAUAUAUUAUCUGAUACAAAUCAAAUGAAUAUUCUAUCGGAAGAUAAUAUACAAUAUGAUAAACUUCUUAUUGAAGCAUCAAAUAAUCUUGUUGAAAAAAUUCUAAACAAUGCUAUUUUAGAAAUAGUUACCUAUGAACAAGAUUAUUCAUUAUAUCAAGUUGCAAGUCAAAUUGUUAAUGAUGUUAUUUUGAAUAUUUUUCAAAAUUGUGAUGAUGAAUUUAACUUAGCCGAACCAGCAUCGAGUAGAAGUAGUACUAGUGGUGAUAAUGAAAUCGAAGAAAAGGAAUACGAUGAUGAGUAUCUAUCAUCGGAUGUUGAUGAUGAAGAAAAUCAAAAAUUAAUUCCACAAAUGUCUGAUCAACCCUAUUUAUUUGUUACUGACGUAAUUACAUCAAAAUCAACUCAAGAGCUUGGUAGUCUUAUUCAAGAAUUACAAUCACUGGAAUAUCAAAUUCAUGACAAUCGUCCAAUAUCAUCAUCAUCAUCAUCAUCAUCUUCGAGUUUAUUUGAUAAUGACGAAUAUCAGGCAUUUGAAUUAUCUGUUCCGAAAAUAAUUACAACACGAUCAGUGAAUGAAUUGACAAAUCUUGUUUCUGAAUUAGAAAACAUUGAAGAUCAACUUGAAGAACGACUUGACUCACCCAAAAAUUUAAAUCAACCACCCGUAUCAUCAAAAUCAUUUAAUGAACUCGGUGGUUUAAUUCAUGAAUUACAAAAUGUUUCAAAACAAUUAAAUAAUCGUAUACACGAAGAAAUUUUUACAUCAACCAAUAUUGAAUCAUUAUCACAAGAUUUAGUUAAAUUUCGUCGUGAUUCAUUGUCCAGUGGAAUUAUUCAGAGUCCAAAUAGAAAAGAACAACAGCCAUCAGCACAUUCAGCUAUACUCGAACAAGAACUUGAAUUUAAAACAUCGACAAACGAUAUCGAUCGAUUACAAUAUGAAGACUGCGAAAAUCAUCUUGCACAAACUUUAGUCGAUGAUAUUAUUAAAGAAGCACACUAUAUUAUGUUAGCUGAGUCAUCAUCAAAUGUUUUUCCAACAGUUGUUAAAUCUAUUCCUACAAUUAUUGUUGGUCAACAUCCUAAACCAAACCAUCAAUUGUCAGUUACAAGUAUAUCUGAUGAUUUAGAGAUUUCACAUGAAGAUCCAACUACCGAUAGAACAUUAGAAUUAGCUGCACAAUUGGAUUACCUUCGACGUAUGUCACGCUAUGAUGAUCAACAAGAACAAAUAGAAAAAUAUUCGUUUGAAAAUUGCAAAUCUAUUGAAAAAGAACAACUACUCAUCCAUACAAAUUAUAAUGGUGAUGACGAAUGUAAAUUAACUAAUUAUUCAACUGUAAGUCAUGAAGGACAUUCAUCUUCCGAUGAGAAUAAUCUUGACAAGACAUUAACUAAAUCCGAAUAUCAACAACAGAUAAAUAUAAUUCAUGAUUCUAUGAUAAUCAGUGAAGAUUCUAUAAAUCAACAGUCGACUGAUUCACUUGAUUAUCAUUCUACAGAGACUGAACUAAAUCAAUUAUAUACUCGACGAACAACCAGUGACAAUAGUCUUUAUAGUACAUCAUCUAUUCAUACAUGCGACAAUCAUUCUCUAUCAGCAUCAUGUUUAGUGGAUGGUAAUGAUUUAACAACGCCUACAAAAGAUGAUGAUGAUGAUGAUGAUGAUAAUGAACAAAAUUCAUUAAUGAAGGCAACUGGUGCUCGUCCAUUUGAUCGUGUUAAAUCAUUUGUUAGUAAAUCAGUUGACAUGGUACAAGAAACAAUAGACAAUCGUCAUAAACAACGAACUACUGAUUCCGAUAAAAAUGAUAAUCUACGAUUGAAUAUUAAUGAAAAAGAAUUUUCAAGUCCACAACAACAUUUUCAAUCGGCUUACGAUUUACAUGAUGAAGAAAAAAGUAAACUUAUUCGUAGUCCCGAAGUCUAUAAUAUGAAAUAUGCUGUUAAACACGAUCAUUCAUCAUUAUUAACAAGUUCUCAAAUACAACAUCGGACAUUAUCAGAAUCAUCAUUAACUGUCGAAGAUUCUAAACGUAAAAAUUUAGUGCCAGCAAGUACUGAAACGUCAAGUGAAUUUUUAACAACAAUAUCAAAAGAUAAUUCAUUAGAACUUUUACAAAAUCCCCGAUAUUCAACACCAUUCGAUGAUGUUAUUGAAAAAGAAUCAAGUCCAGAACAUUCAGAAUCCUACAAUAUUCCGAUAUCAGCAUUUUCCGAUGUGCUAGAACCAACGAGUAGUUGUCAACGUCCAUUAACAUUUUGUGUAACUGAACUGCAACAUAUAAAAACGGAAGCGGAAAUUUAUAGAGUGGCAACUGAUUUAGUUGAUCAAGUAUUGUAUGAUGUUGUUGUAGAAUUAACUGGCGAACAAGAUGAAUCAAAUUCAAGUAAAGAAAGUGAUAAACUAUCUAUAAGUAGUUCAUCAUCAUCGUUGUCGGAUGACGACGAUGAUGAUCUACUUGAAGAAGAAGAAGAACAACAACCACAAGAACCAAUAAAAUAUCGAAGAUUAAGUUCAAAAAUGUUUCGUCGUACACAAACGGAUGCCACAUAUUUUGAAUUGAUUGAAAGUUCAACAUCACAGAUUCUACCAAUUAUUCGUCGUAAUUCUCAAUCGGAUACAGACACAUAUUAUCGUGCCACAACAACAACAACAACAACAACAACAACAACAUCAAUAAAUAAACCCUACAAUAAAUCAAGGUCAGAUGAAAAAUUGCCUCAUAAAAAUUCCGCAGCAUUUGUUCAACAAAAUGAAAAAUAUUCCGGUGCAGGUGAAGAAAACAGUGGAGGAAAGCAGCGUGUAACACAACGAAGAAAACGACCGAAUGACAUACCAAAUGUAUCGGAGUCACCAGCAGUAAAAAAUCUUUCAUUUAAAUGUGAAUUUAAUGAAGCUUUAAAUCGUCGAGAAAGUCUUGAUUCACCAUCAGCGGAUUUAAAUGAUAAAUCAAUUCGUAAAAGUUUACAAGAAGGAAUUCUUCGUACAAAUUUAAAAUCAUGGCAAACCGACUUAGAAUUAAUUCAUCAACAAGAAGAUCCCCAUUUUCAUGAACAUAUUUAUUCAUCAACAACAAAAAAAUCUACAUCCUAUUAUGCUUACGAUGCUGAAAGCGAACCUGAUCGUGAUGAUUUAAAAGCAACCGCUACACAUAGUGAUAUUAUUCUAUCGAAAGUUCAAAAAGACUCAAAUUAUAAUACUACGCAAAAUUUAACUUCUGAUAAUUGUCCUACUAUAAAUCUACCUCAAAUUUACUGGCCAUCAGCAUCAUCAUCAGAAUCCUAUACAAUAUCACCUUCGAAUGAUAUUAAAAAUCUCCUUGAUGAUUUAAUUGAAUCCAUACCUGAUGAUCUGCCAACAUCAAUAUCAAGCGAACCGUUGUCAUCGCAGUCAGAUGCCACGACAGUUAUAUUUAAUUCAAAUAAAAACUCCAUGGAUGAUGGAGACAAUACCGGUCAAUGUUCUCAUAUAUCUAGUCAAGAUUUAACUGACCAUGAUAAGCGUGACUUAUCAGGAAUCAUAUCUAGUUCACCGUCGUCAUCAUCUCAAACUCAUUCUGUGAUACACUAUCAACACGAUCGACUAUCGCAAACAGAAUCUAAUUUAAAUUCGUUUGUAAAUAAGAGCCCGCAAAAAGAAUCAUCAACAUCGACGUUUUCGGACGCCGAACUAAUCGGUCAUAAUACUAAAACGAAAUUUUACUCGUAUCCCGGUUCUUUAGGAGGUGCGCAUAUGCCUCCUUCGUCUAUCGAAUCUAUUCCGAACGAUUAUUAUUCAAAGUCAACAGCAUCUACUACUUUUCAAAGUAGUAACUAA